GUACUUUUUCUUCUUCUAUUUAUAGGGUAAGGAGCCCAGCUCCUCUUCUGUCACUAAGCAACUCCUUCCCUCUUUCCUGCUUAAUUUGUCUUUUUUUCAAUGGUUGCUUCUAAUGUCUUCUCGUAUUCCUCUUCCUCCUCUAAACCUAGAUGGAGUCAUGAUGUGUUUUUGAGUUUUAGAGGCGAAGACACUCGUAAAAACUUCACUGAUCAUCUCUAUACUUCUCUAAUCCAUGCAGGAAUAUCCACAUUUCGAGAUAGUGAUAUUUCUAGAGGAGAAAAUAUCUCUUCAGAACUCCUUAAAGCAAUUCAUGAAUCAAGAAUUUCUAUUAUAGUCUUUUCUAAAGGCUACGCUUCUUCUCGGUGGUGUCUUGCUGAACUUACAGAGAUUAUUAAGUGUAAAAAUAUGAUCGGUCAGAUUGUAAUUCCCAUAUUCUAUGAUGUUGAUCCCUCAGACGUGCGAAAACAAACCGGUAGUUUUGGAGAAGCUUUUGAUAGAUAUAAAGAAUUUAAGGAAGAAAUAGACAAAUUGAAGGAAUGGAGAGGAGCACUUAUGGAAGCAGCAGAGCUAGACGGAUGGGACCUCCAAAAUGUCGCAAAUGGGUAUGAAUCAAAUUUUAUUCAGAAGGUAGUGGAAGAUGUUUGGAGGAAAUUGAAUUGCAAUUACUUGAACGUUGCCAAACACCCAGUAGGCAUUGAUUCACGAGUCAAAGAUGUGAUUUUCAUGCUCAGUCUUGAUGCAAGCAAUGCCAACAUUGUGGGCAUCCGUGGCAUGGGAGGAAUCGGUAAGACUACCAUAGCAAAAGCUGUAUUCAACCAACUUUGUCAUGGAUUUCAAGGUAGCUGCAGUUUUCUUUCCGAUGUCAGAGAAGUCUCAGAACAGCCUAAUGGUUUAGUUCAAUUACAAAAGCAACUACUUCGUGAUACAUUGAAAUUAAAAAAUUUCAAGAAUAUAAGUAGUAUUGACAGUGGCAUCCACUUGAUCAAAGAAAGACUUCGUUACAAAAGAGUUUUUGUUGUUCUUGAUGAUUUGGAUCAAUUGAAACAAGCGGAUGCAUUGGUAGGAGACCGAAAUUGGUUUGGCCCCGGAAGUCGAAUCAUCAUUACAACGAGAAAUGCUCAUUUGCUAGAUCAACUCCAAGUGGUCUUACAAUAUGAGGUCAGAGAACUGAAUCAUGAAGAGUCCCUUGAGCUUUUCAGCUGGCAUGCCUUCAAGCAAAUACAUCCAGCAAAUGAAUAUGUUAAGAUUUCAGAUGAAGUGGUGGAUUAUGUUGGAGGACUCCCAAUAGCCCUCGAAGUUUUAGGUUCUUAUUUGUGCAAAAGAAGCAUACCUGAAUGGAGAAGUGCGGUGGAGAAAUUAAGAAAAAUCCCUCACCACCAAAUUCAUAAAAAGCUUAGAAUAAGUUUUGAUACAUUGGACGAUGAUAAAAUAAAGGAUAUAUUUCUUGAUAUUGCUUGCUUCUUUGCUGGUGUAGAUAAAGAUCAUGUAGCUAAAAUACUGGAUGGAUGCGGUUUCUUUCCAGAAAUUGGGAUUCGUGUUCUCAUCCAAAGGUCUCUAGUGAAAAUUGAUUGUUGGAAUAGAUUAGUGAUGCAUGAUCUGUUGCGGGAUAUGGGAAGAGAGAUUGUCCGAGUAGCAUCACCAAACCAUCCUGGUAAACGCAGCAGACUUUGGUUUCAUGAGGAUGCUUUGGGAGUACUCAAGAACCACAAGGUUCUCAAGAAAUUGCAGAUUCUUGAUCUCAGACACUGCGUACACCUCACUAAAACACCAAACUUCUCAGGACUCCCCAGUCUGGAGAGAUUAAUUCUUGAAGGCUGCACAAGUUUAGUUGAGGUCCACCAGUCCAUUGGAUAUUUGAAGAAACUUGUUUUCUUGAACAUGGAGGGCUGCAAAAGCCUAAAGAAUCUUCCCGAAAGCAUUUGUUACUUGAAAGCUCUUGAAACUCUCAACAUUUCUAGCUGCUCAAAACUUGAUAGAUUGCCCGAGAGCUUGGGUAGCAUGGAAGCCUUAACUGAGCUUCUGGUAGAUGGAACUCAAAUUCUAACAGGAACUGCCAUUAAGCAGCUCCCCUCUUCCAUUGGACAUCUGAAAAACCUUACAAAAUUAUUGUUGCGUGGAUCGAAAGAUGCCUUACAAUCUGUCACUUGGUUAUCACAAUUUGCAUCAUGUCUUUUGUCAAGAAGAUCAAAUUCCAAUGUUUUGCUGCCAACUUCCUUGUCUGGGUUGAGUUCAUUGACACAGCUAUUUCUUCACGACUGUAGUUUAUCUGAGGAUGUAGUUCCCAUUGAUCUUGGGAGAUUAUCAUCACUCAGACUUUUGGAAUUGGAAGGAAACGACUUACUUAAUCUUCCCAUCGGUAUUGGAUAUCUUCCUAAGCUUACUCUAUUGGGGCUGACUUCCUGCAGAAAUCUCAAAUCAAUCUCAGAGCUUCCGUCAAGUUUGAGGACUUUUUUUGUAAUAAACUGCACAUCAGUGGAAAGAAUAUCACUAAAAUCAAAUGAACUACUGGAUGUAAUUUUUCUGGGUAACAGCCCAAAACUAGCCGAGAUUCAGGGAUUGGAAGAUACAGAGCAAGCAGUUAUCAUUAAUAUGCCACCGGAAAGCAUCAAUUAUGCAAAUGAUUACAAGAAAUUUCUUUGGCAGGCACUAUCCCAGGGUAAGCCACGAACCGUUUGUCUCCAGUGCAAAGAGUUACCUGGGUGGUUAAGUUAUCGAGGGGAGGGAUCUUCGUUAUCAUUUCAUGUACCCACAGUUUCAGAAGGCGACAUCAAGGGUCUCAUUUUGUGGAUUAAAUGUGCAAGACAUGACACAACUGCUAAUGUAGUUAUUACAGCUACAUGCAAGAGCAAUGGUUCCACAACAUGGGAGAUGGCAUCUGACUUCAACCCUGUUGCAUGUCGUGAUUAUCAUUCUUUUGUGACAUUUUUACCAUUUCAAUGUGCAUUUGAAAGCGGAGAAAAAUUGGAAAUUGCACUUCAGGCUGGCGCUAACAAUUUGACAAACAACUUUGGUGUCUCUGUGAUAUGUUCAGAAGGCGAAUCCUGGCUUGAGAAAAAGAUUAAAAUGACAAGUUCUUUCCAAGAAUUUUAUUGUCGUGACAAAAGAAAUUGCAUGCGCAAUACGCCAUUACAAGAUUACUUAUGGUGUAGACGGUGGGAUUAAACUCAAAAAAUUGAGAGAGAUUUCCUUCAAAACUUAAUUUUA